AUGGACGGCGGCGAGUCCGUCGAGGACAACGAGGCGGCGGACGAUGACGCCGACGACGUGGAAGCCGCCGCCGAGGACGCCAAGAAGUCCCUCCUCUCCAAGGAGGAGCGCGAGGCGCUGCGCCGCGAGGAAGAAGCCGUGCUCCAGGAGCAGCGCGACCGCCAGAGCAAGUCGCUGGACCUGGUGAAGCAGUCGCUGGCGCAGGACGCCGACUGGGGCGCCAAGAGCGCGCGCGAGAAGAAGAUGGCCUUCCUCAUGGCGCAGUCGGACGUGUUCACGUCCUUCCUCAUGGGCGGCAGCAGCGCCGUGGGCAAGGAGAUGUCCCGCAAUAAGGCGGCCAAGGAGGCCGCGGCCGGCUCGCGCCGCGGCAAAGGCAGCAAGCAGGCGGACGCGCAGGCGCUGCAGGACAUGGAUGACGCGCGCUACACGCGCAUCACGCAGCAGCCGUCCAUCAUCAAGUUCGGCACCAUGAAGCCCUACCAGCUCGAGGGGCUGAACUGGAUGAUCCGCCUCCACGACUCGGGCGUGAACGGCAUCCUGGCCGACGAGAUGGGGCUGGGCAAGACGCUGCAGAGCAUCUCGCUGCUGGCCUAUCUGAGGGAGGCGCGCGGCAUUGAAGGCCCGCACAUUAUCAUCGUGCCCAAGAGCACAGUGGGCAACUGGAUGCGCGAGCUCAAGCGGUGGUGCCCCUCCAUCAAGGCCUUCAAGUUCAUGGGCAGCAAGGACGAGCGCGCCCUGCAGAGGGAGACGGUCAUCAAGCAGGACUUCGACGCGCUCGUGCUGUCGUACGAGGUGGCGAUCAUCGAGAAGGCCAUCUUGCAGAAGAUCCGGUGGCGAUACCUGCUGAUUGACGAGGCCCAUAGAGUCAAGAACGAGAACUCGAAGCUCUCGAGGGUCGUGCGGGAGUUCAAGGUCGAGCACCGACUGCUGAUCACCGGCACGCCGCUGCAGAACAACCUGCACGAGCUCUGGGCGCUGCUCAACUUCUUGCUGCCCGACGUGUUCUCCGACUCGGAGGACUUUGACUCGUGGUUCAACGUGGACGAGCAGGAAGGACAGGAGAACGUCAUCAAGAAGCUGCACACGAUCCUGCGUCCGUUCCUGCUGCGUCGCCUGAAGUCGGACGUGGAGCACUCGCUGCCGCCCAAGAUCGAGACCAAGCUUUACGUGGGUCUGUCCGAGAUGCAGCGCGAGUGGUACAUGCGCGUACUGCACCGUGACGCCACGCACCUAAACGCUAUCGGCGGUAGUGACCGUGUUCGUCUGCUGAACAUCCUGAUGCAGCUGCGUAAGGUGUGCAACCACCCGUACCUGUUCGAGGGCGCUGAGCCCGGCCCGCCGUACCAGGAAGGACCGCACCUGUGGGAGAACUGUGGUAAAAUGACGCUGCUACACAAGCUUUUGCCCAAGCUCCAGGCCCAGGGCUCGCGCGUGCUUAUUUUCUGCCAGAUGACGUCGAUGAUGGAUAUUCUGGAGGACUACAUGCGCUACUUCGGCCACGACUACUGCCGACUGGAUGGUUCCACCAAGGGUGAGGACCGUGACAACAUGAUGGAGGAAUUCAACGCGCCGGGCAGCUCCAAGUUCUGCUUCUUGCUGAGUACGCGUGCUGGUGGUCUGGGUAUCAACUUGGCCACGGCAGACAUCGUUAUUCUGUUUGACUCGGACUGGAACCCCCAGGUGGAUCUGCAGGCUAUGGAUCGUGCUCAUCGUAUCGGACAGACCAAGAUCGUGCGUGUGUUCCGUUUCAUCACGGAUGGCACGGUCGAGGAGAAGAUUGUGGAGCGUGCCGAGCGAAAGCUGUACCUUGAUGCUGCUAUCAUUCAGCAGGGCCGUCUUGCGCAACAGAACCGGAAGCUUUCCAAGGAUGAGCUGAUGACCAUGGUGCGCUUCGGUGCUGACGAAAUCUUUAACGCGCGUGGAUCCAUGAUCACGGACGACGAUAUCGACGCCAUUCUUGCUCGUGGCGAAGAGCGUACGGAGGCCAUGAAGGAUAAGAUUAAUGCUGAUAUGCAGCACAACCUGGCGAACUUCUCGUUGUCCGGCGACAACGGUAAUGCUAGCGUCUCCAGUCUCUACGAGUUUGAGGGCGAGGUGUUCUCGAAGGAUACGAACAACGGAGAUAUUCUGCCGUCCACGUUCAUCGCUCUUCCUCAGCGUGAGCGCAAGUCGAACUACAACGAGGACGAGUACUACCGCCAGCAGGCUGGUUUAUCGAAGCCCAAGAAGCCGAAGAAAUCUGGAUCUGACGCAGCGAAGGUGCCCGUCGUACACGACUAUCAGUUCUUCCAGCAGGAGCGUAUGGUGGCGUUGCUUACGAAGAAAACCCAGGUUGAGAACCGUCGGAAGGAGCUAACCCGGUUGAUCAAGGAGGCCAAGGCCGAUGAAACGCGCGCUAAGUCGCGGAAGCCGAAGCAGGGUGAGGGUGACGAGUCUGCCGAGAACUCUGCUGAAGAGGGUGAAGGCGACGAUGCGCGCUCUGCUGCCCUUGAAAAGGAGCUGAACGAGACCGAGAUGGAUGCUGCUGAUGUUAAGGAGCUGGAAGCCUUGGAGAAGGAGGGUUUCGGUGACUGGACUCGUCGCGACUUGAAGCAGUUUAUCAACAGUUGCGAGCGCUACGGUCGUGCUGACAAGACCCGUGUGUGCGAAGAGGUCUCAGUCGUUCUUGGAAAGGAUCCUGCUCAGGUGGAGAGAUACUACGACACAUUCUGGUCCCGCUACACGGAGCUGAAGGACCACGCGAAGUACAUCGAGAAGAUCGAGCGUGGCGAAAAGCGUCUGGAGCGCAAUGAAGUGGUGAAGCAGGCGCUCGCGCGUAAGUGCAGCCGAUACAGCCACCCGCUGCGUGACAUGCGCCUCCACUACCCGGCCGGCUACAAGAGCAAGGGUUACAUUCUGGAGGAAGAUGUGUUCCUUGUCGUAAUGAUGAACAAGUAUGGCCCGCUAGAGCACUGGGGCGAGAUCCGUGACGAGAUUCGCAAGGCCUGGCAGUUCCGGUUCGACUGGUUCUUCAAGUCGCGCACCAUCGGUGAACUGCAGAAGCGCGGAGAGGUGCUUACGCGCAUGAUCGAGCGCGAGAACGACGAGCUCAAGAGCCGCGGCACCAAGGACGAGGAGGACCUCGCGAAGAAGGCGAAAAAGAGCUCGAGCUCCUCUUCCAAGUCCAAGAGUAAGAUCAGCAGCAGUAGCAGCCGCAGCAAGACGUCGAGCUCGAGCUCGAGCAAGAAGCGCAGCAGCUCGUCCAAGUCGUCUUCAUCGUCUUCAGCCAAGAAGCAGCGCUCCAGUUAG